AUGCCCCAAAGGAGAGAGGUUGUGAUGAUGGUGGUGGUGGUGUUGAAAAAUGAUGUGAAGUGUCAACAGCGAUCACCAUCAUCAUCCUCAUCAUAUUCGUCAUCAUCACCGUCACCUGCGUACUGUGACGUCACAAAAGCACGUGACUAUCACACUUUGUGUGAGGCCGUUAGGGAUGAGGUCGGCAAACUUUGCGGGAGAAACUGUCAGACGCCCUGCAAGACCAACGCCAAGGUGUGUGGCAUGGAUGGGGUGACGUAUGCAAAUGAGUGUCAGUGCAGAUGCCACCACGUUCCAGUCGAUUAUUAUUCACCCUGCUACAUUCUACCACACUUCAUUGAUGCUACGUCGUCAAAGGUCACCUGUCCCAAGGUCACCUGCUCUAAAAAUAACUUGAUCAAGGGCUGCCAGUCUAUCAUACCGCCUGGUGCUUGCUGUCCUAUAUGUGCCAGUGAACUGCGCAUGCUCAUAAACAAGAGACUGGCUACGACUCUGAGAAUGAAUCAGGAGAACGGAAUAACUCUUUCCGGUUUGGCGGACAAUUUAGAAUCUUUGCUUUCGGUCAGAGAAUGUCGGAUCUAUGUUUACAUAUCUAUGGAUGGCGAUCUGGUUGUCUUGGUAACGCCUAGCAAUCAGUUUGCAUCCAAUAAUUUGGUGCAAGCCUGUCAGCAAGAAGCCAGCCACAUAGCGAAUAUGAUAUCAACGAACCAUCCAACCAUCAGAUACAACGCCUACCUCUCCUUACUAUCGUCUGCCCACCAUUACCACAAUGACGAUGAUGGUGAUGAUGAAGAAGAAGAUGAGAAAGAUGACGACGACGACGAUGAUGAUGAAAACAUCAGAAAGUGUGCAAUGUAAAUAUUUUUAAAUGAUUAAAAAUUGAGUUCGUCAUUCCAUAAAUAAAAACUUUUACGAUCUGAUCUGUUUUCUAAUGUAAACAUGUUCUCCAUUAACACACACACUCACACACACGCAAACAUACACACACACUCACACACGCAAACAUACACACAUACUCACACACGCACUCAUAAUCAUAUAUAGUAAUCUAAAUUAUACGCCAGUUUAAACGUGUGUGUUAAUUUGUGUGGAAUUUAACUUAAUUGAUGAAAAUUUUUUCAUAAAAUUACUUAUUUUUUGUAAACACACACACACAGACAAACGCACGCACGCACACAGACAGACACACGCACGCACGCACACAGACAGACAGACACACACACAGACACAAAUGUAACAUGUUAUUUUAUUUAGUAGUUUAGGUAUUAGUUAGAGUCUUAGAGCUGGUGAUUUUAUUGUUAUGGUUUAACUUUAUCUGAUUAUACGUGAUGUCUGUUUGCCCGUAUGUUUGUUUGUUCGUUCGUUUGUUCAUUCUUUCGUUCAUUCAUUCGUUUAUUCAUCUGUCCGUCCGCCCGUCCAUCCGUUCUCGUCUCUGGAUGUUUCAUCAAGAUAAGUAACCGUGCAGUGAACUCUUUUGUGUGAUUUUCAUUCAUUUAUUUAUUGUUGUUAGUUUUUAAUUCAUCCAUUUUUUUUCACAUUUUAUUCGAUCAUUCAUUAAUUUGUUUGUUUUUCGGUUUGUUCUUUAGUUGAUUUAUUUAUUAACCUAUAAAUCAAUCCAUCCAUACAUUUAUUCGUUCAUUCAUUCAGUCAUUCAUUCAUGCAUUAAUACAUUGAUCGAUCU